AUGCAGGCAGACAGACUUUUAGUUAAACAUAUACAUAGUAAUUUAUAUAGUCCUCGGCUCAACCUCGUCCUCGACCCAACCUCGUCCUCGACUCAACCUCGUCCUCGACCCAACCUCGUCCUCGACCCAACCUCGUCCUCGACCAGCCUUGUCCUCGACCCAACCUCGUUUUCGACUCAACCUCGUCCUCGACCAACCGUCUUCGACCCAACCUCGUCCUCGACUCAACCUCGUCCUCGACCCAACCUCGUCCUCGACCAACCUCUUGUCUCGACCCAUGUCCUCGACCCAACCUCGUCCUCGACCUAUCAUCCUCGACUCCUUCGUCCUCGGCCAAGCCGUGUCAACCAACCUCGUCCUCGACUAAUUUGUCUCGAACCCAACCUCGUCCUCGACCAACCUCGUCUUCGACCCAACCUCGUCCUCGACCCAGCCUCGUCCUCGACUCAACCUCGUCCUCGACUCAACCUCGUCCUCCUCGACUCAACCACCUCCUCCUCGACUCAGCCACGUUAA